CCUCUCAAAAGAAGGGAUUUAUGAACCGGGUCAUGAACAAAUCACAUUCAAAUGAUCUCAAAACUCAGGAGGUAUGGACCUUUCUUGCAGCCUUAUUCUUGGGUUGGUGUGGUCGAAAGAAGUUGGGGCUGCAGGUAUCAGAACUCUCAACUAGCUAGAUGGGAAUUACAGAGGCGGUGAUUCUGGAUCUCUGCUUUCAGAAAGAAGAUGUCACUGAGUUCCCUCUCCUUGGGCUGAAACUGGUAGUCAGCUAAACAUUUACCCCACUGCUUAUGUGGACCUGGAUACUAAGUGGAGUCAGUCAGGUUUUGGAUGUUAAGAUAUCCAAUAAAUUGUAGAGUUCUAAGCUAGACUACCAAAUUAGAGGCCAUGGAAACUAUGGAAAUCCAAUUCAAAUAAAGGACAUUUUAAAUAAUCUUUAAUUCCAUUGAAGAAAUGGAGUUGAUUUUCCUUCACUUAUAUCUGACCAUUAUUUAAGCCAUACCCUUUAGCAGCAAGAGAUGCAGCCUCAUGCUAUUCAGAUUGUUUUGGAUCCAACUCUAGUGUUCUUAGGCAUGGCAACUAAGGCUGAUGCAGACAAGAGCACAAAACAGGUGAUUGUCAGUUCCUCCCCUAGCUAUUUAGUUUUAACUGUGAUUGGAUUGCAGUCUAAAUCACAAGCAUAUUCCUGGGGGAGGGGAAUCCUCCUCCACCACUUUUUUAUGCAUGCUAUUUUAAAUGCGCGCGCAUCUCUUGCUGUUGUUAUGAACCCGUCUUGCAAAAGGUGUUUUGCUUUAGCUGUCAAACUUAUAACGGCCUCCCUUCUCUACCUUCCUCCUGUUUUCCUCCUGUUGCCCAUUGAUGGUGCAUUGGCACACAGCGGCUGCUCGGAAUCUGCAGCGACUCCAUGUGGUCGUGAGGGGGAAUACCUCUCGCUUUCUCUUUUAUGCAAGCGCGGGUGUCUCUCCCUGCCUGCCUGCUCCUCCUCACAAAAGACUUGGACGAAUUCCUUUCUCCGGGUUUUCAAGCCAUCUUUUAAAAAUCCAUCCCGCUCUCUCGCGUUGAAAACGAGCUGUAUCGGGAAGCGAGAGGCGGGAGACAGGAGGAAGCUUGCAGGGAGCAGGAAAAAGAGGGACGGAAGGAGCGAUUAGGGAAGCAACCGAUAAACGGCAGCGAAGGUGGCCGGGGACGCGGCGCAGCGGUCGUUUUCCAAAAGCGAAAGGAUUCAGACGGCGAAGAAGAUCACCAUGGGGGAUAGCGCGUCUUGCCGUUAGCAAGUGAAGGGAUUGGGAGAGGAGAAGGCGGCAGAAGCAGCCCCUGAUCCCGCAACCGGGUUGCAAAGAGCACGGAGACCGGAGCUCGCGGCUUGAAAGGGUGGCUAUUGGGCUGGGAAGGGAGAAACGGCGACAUCCACACAGAGUGUGACGCCCCAGGUUUUGGUCAUGCCCUUCGCCAAGAGGAUCGUGAAGCCCCAGAGGCUGUGUCGGCGGCAGCAUAUUGCCUCGGUGUUAGACGAGAACUCCGGCUUCGAGCUUCCUCAGCCGGGAAGCUACCGAGAAGAACCCGGGGAGGCGAUGGACGAACCGGAGGAAGAGGUUCCGGCUGGGCUGGCUGCCGCGCUGACCGCCGAAGGGAAGGAGAACCAGGAGGCGGCGGCGCUGAUGCUUUUGGAUCUGUGCUCAGUCAGCAAUGUUGCUCUCUCGCGGAUCCUCCGGCAGCUCUCCGAUGUGGCCAAGCACGCCUGCACCCUCUUCCAAGAAAUCGAGAGCGAGAUCCAGCUCACUCACCGCAGGGUCCAAGCGCUGCACAGCCGGAUUGGCGGCGUCCAAAGCAUUUUACACAGUUUGGAUCCGAAGCAGGAGGCAGUGCCUGUCUCAAACUUGGAUGCAGAAAGCAAAUUGAAUGUGUAUUAUCAUGCCCCUUGGCAUCAGGAGAGAAACAUUUUUCUUCCUUCCACCAGACCAGCAUGUGUAGAGGAACUGCAUCGCCAUGCCAAGCAGAAUUUGAGAGCCUUGAGGAGGGAGCACCGAAAUCAGGGUAAUAACCGAGAACAAAAAACUGUGAGCCACACUGUGGUAGCUCCCCCAUUUCCGUCUUUUCCUGUGAUUCACACUAAGAAGAAAAAAGAGACUAAGGACCAUCACUUGCUAAAAUUUUAUAGAACCCGCUCGUCUUCCCCUACUGAGUGUUGCCACAUGACCCCAUGGAGUAAAAAGUCCCACCACCUUUCUGAGGAAGAAGAUACAGAUGUCAUGUCAGGGCAGAGGCUGAAAAAUCCAGUAAAUAAUAUACCUUCUACACUGGAUAAACAAACAAAUUGGAGCAAAGCACUACCUCUCCCAACUCCAGAGGAGAAAAUGAAACAGGAUGCCCAAGUGAUUUCCUCUUGUAUUAUCCCCAUCAAUGUCACUGGAGUUGGUUUUGACCGAGAAGCUAGUAUACGCUGCUCCCUUGUUCACUCCCAAUCCGUACUGCAGCGAAGACGGAAACUGAGAAGGAGAAAAACCAUCUCUGGCAUCCCCAGAAGAGUCCAACAAGAAAUAGAUUCUGAUGAAUCACCAGUAGCAAGAGAACGGAAUGUCAUUGUGCAUGCAAAUCCAGACUUCUCUAAUAACAUCAACAGGAGAUCAGCUACCCGGGACUCUGAGUGCCAAACAGAAGAUAUUCUCAUUGCUGCCCCAUCCCGCAGAAGAAUACGAGCUCAGAGGGGUCAAAGCGCAGUAGCUUCACUGUCUCAUUCAGCUGGCAACAUAUUGGUGCUGACAGAUAAUGGUGACUCUAUGUUUACAUUAAUGAGCAAUCGUGUUCGAUCCAGGAGUCUUCCUCGUGAAGGUGCUAGAGCCAAUGAAAAAGACCACAACAAUGGUGCCAAAAUUUCAGCAUAUGAGGCAGAACACUUUUUAACAAAUCAAGAACGAAUUUCCACAAAGAGUAAGGAUGCCAUUAAUAACCAUUGUUCACAGGAACACCAUCCCAGGGGCUUAGCUUGUUCCCAGCAUUUUCAUAGUCCAGAUCAUAAUUCAAAUGAAAGAGGGAGGUCAAGGUUAUCAAGGAUGGUAGAUUCUGGAAGUUGUGAUAUUUCUUCAAACUCUGAUACCUUUGGAAGUCCAAUUCACUCUAUUUCCACAGCUGGGGUUCUUCUCAGCAGUCACAUGGACCAGAAAGAUGAUCAUCAAUCAUCUAGUGGAAACUGGAGUGGAAGUAGCUCAACAUGUCCUUCCCAAACAUCUGAAACAAUUCCUCCUGCUGCUUCACCUCCCCUGACAGGUUCUUCACACUGCGAUUCAGAAUUAUCACUGAACAUUGCCCCUAAUGCUAAUGAAGAUUCAAGUAUUUUCAUAACUGAACACUAUGGUGAACAUAAAAUUAGAGGUCACAGGACAAGUUCUUUCACUUCUGAUCUGCUAGAUGAUCCUAAUAACAGCAACACAAGUGAUAGUGAGUGGAAUUAUUUGCAUCAUCAUCAUGAUGCAUCCUGCCAUCAAGAUUUCAGCCCUGAACAUCCCAAGACUGAUAGCCUGGGCUGCCCAAGUUUUGCAAGCAUGGCCACUUAUGACAGUUUUGUAGAAAGGACUCCAUUGGACAAAGCAGAGACUAGCUCACAUUUUUCAGUUGAUACUGAAGGCUACUAUACCUCCAUGCACUUCGACUGUGGACUCAAAGGAAAUAAAAGUUAUAUUUGUAACUAUGCAGCUGUGGGCUUAGAAAAUGGUCAGAAUGCAAGUUUUGCUUCCAAUCUCACUCACUGUAAUUGGCAAGAUUAUAUGGAUCAUAGGAAGCAAGGAAAAGCAAGCAUCUCUCUAAAGAAACCAAAGAUGAAGCCAGCCCCACCAAAACGCAGCUCAUCUUUAAGGAAAUUUGACAGUAGAACUGAUAUUUCAGAGAAGAAAGAACCAAAGAUAACUAGUGGGCAACAACAUAUGCCUCAUACUUCCAGGGAAAUGAAGCUGCCCCUCGAGUUUGCAAACACACCUUCAAGGGUAGAAAGUACUAGCCUGCCAAGUAAACUGAAACAGUCCUGGGAUAAUCAGGAUGAGAAUGACAUAAAGGGCCUUCCAUUUGAUUCCAUGGAUAUUGCAUCAUUUAAAGAUGAAGAUGCUGAACAAUCUCACUAUGCAGAUCUCUGGCUUCUAAAUGACUUGAAAUCUAAUGAUCCCUAUAGAUCAUUGUCUAACUCAAGCACUGCUACGGGUACAACGGUCAUAGAAUGCAUAAAGUCACCAGAAAGUUCUGAAUCUCAAACAUCACAGUCUGGCUCAAGAGCCACCACUCCUUCUCUUCCCUCUGUUGAGAAUGAGUUUAAGUUGUCAUCCCCAGAAAAACUGGCUGGUUUAGCGUCUCCUUCGAGUGGUUAUUCCAGUCAGUCAGAAACUCCAACAUCAUCAUUUCCAACAGCAUUUUUUUCUGGUCCCCUAUCCCCUGGAGGGAGUAAAAGAAAGCCAAAAGUACCAGAAAGGAAAUCCUCAUUACAACAAUCUUCUAAAGAUGGCAACAUAUUUUUAAACAAAGACUUAGAACUUCCAGUUAUACCUCCUACUCAUCUUGACCUAAGUGCUCUUCAUAAUGUUUUGAUUAAACCAUAUGCUCAUAGACCCCAGCUGCAUGCUUUUAAUAAUAAUAAAUCAAAUAUGGUAGAAGAAGCACUGAAUUCUAAUUCUUCACCAGCUGUUGCUAUUACACCUUCAGUGCUAAAGUCAGUACAUCUUCGAUCAAUUAAUAAGCCUGAAGAAAGGAAACAGAAAGAGAAUCCAGAUUUUCUACCCAUUCAAGAAUAUAGUUUGGUAACUGCUAUUUCUUCAUGCAAAAUGGAACCACGUGUAAGUAAGAAACAAGUGUCACAUCAGUUCUUCAUGGAAGAUGCCAUAGUGUCCUAUAUCAAUCCCUCCCCAGUACAGAUAAGCCCAGAACAACUACUAGGAGAAGAUAGUUUAACUUUUAGUGGAAGAAAUACUUGUCAAGAGAAUCAAACUUCAUUAGUAGAGAGUGUUUUAGCAGCUAAGAGUGUACCAGAUCAAAUACAAUCAGUACAUGGGAUUUUGCUAGAGUGUACAACUAAUAAAGCUUGCGGGGUUUCUGAUGAACAAUUUCCACAAGGCACAACAGUUUUUCCAAGCAACCUUGAAGGCAAAAUUUCUUGUGGAUCAGAACAGAAUAAGAGUUUUGACUCCGUGCAGUCUCUGUAUGAAUUACCUGCACACUGUGAACAAAAGUUGAAAUAUGAACCACUAUGUGAAGAUAUUCCUUGGUCUGACUCCUUAACUUGGGGAGCAGAUACUUGUUAUCAGCUGAAGCAUCAGCUUGAUAUAAACCAACUUGAUGACAAAGUGCCUGAGAAUAUCAGUUAUGAAUCAGAGAUCUCAAAUAUAUAUUCACUCAGUGAAAAAUGCUCUGAAAAUGAUAUCAUGUCAGGUAUUCCAACCAAAAGUGCCUCAGAUGACAGUGAUAGCAGAGCAGCUGAGACACAAGGAACUACAGAAGAUGAUACCUUAAAAGAAUCUUUUUUGAGUGAUGAUUCUAUAAUCUCACCCAUAAAUGAGGAUUCUCAAACUGAAGUAGAAGAGUUUUUGGUGUCUCCAAAUAAACCACGAACAACAGAGGAUCUGUUUGCAGUAAUUCACAGGUCAAAAAGGAAAGUGCUCGGAAGAAAGGAUUCUGGAGACCUUUCUUCAAGGAACAGACUGAAAGCUUCAUCUAGUAGUAAUAGUGUGUCUUCUGUCAGUAGCACCUCACCUACAACUAGUAUCCCCCUUAUUCCUACCAGUGUGGGAAAUUCACCUUGCAGCCAGAGGUCUCCUGGACUUAUUUAUCGGAAUGCCAAAAAGUCCAGCACAUCGAAUGAGGAAUUUAAACUACUGCUCUUGAAAAAAGGUAGUCGGUCUGAUUCUAGCUACAGGAUGUCAGCCACUGAGAUAUUAAAGAGUCCUAUUUGUCCCAAAUCUCCCGGAGAACUAAUUAGAGAUACUGUUCAAACUGCAGAUGAACCCUUCCAAGCCUCAUCAAGUGCCGAGGCAUUAGCUCCUCUCUCUCCUUCUCCCCCAAGGAUACACGCAGAAGGGUUUUCUUCCAAAAGUUUUCUCACAUCAGCAUCUUCACGUGUAGGACGAUCACGAGCACCUCCAGUUGCAAGCAGUAGCCGAUACAGUGUUCGCUGCAGAUUAUAUAACACCCCAAUGCAAGCUAUUUCAGAAGGAGAGACAGAAAAUUCAGAUGGGAGCCCACACGAUGAUCGAUCUUCUCAAAGCUCAACAUAAGUUGCCUAAGGGUCUCAGCACAAUUCUGACUGCGAAGUGGGGAACUCUGCAUUUGCUAAGCUUUGCAUUUGUUAGGCUAAAAAGCAUAUUCUGUAGCAGUCAAAUACCUUACAAGGCAAUAUGUGAUGCUUGAAAAUGUUAAAAGAUUGCUAAAAGAUGGGAUUAAAUGAUCUAUACGUAUUUAUUAUGUCCCAUUUCCUAUGAUUAGAAAUACAUGGUCAACCUUUAACUUUCUUUUUUUCCCCAUCCCUCUCUCUCUUCUUUCCACCCUCAGUGUAAAUUUAUCCAGUUUUCUAUAGUCCUUUCUUUUCUCCAGAAACAUUACAUUACUGUUAUGCUUCCCUCGGGGUGGCAAACAUAACAUUGGUGAGGAAUUAAUAUUUUUUUACAUUAAAAUGAAUUGAAAUAAAAUAGAAUGAACAAAACAGAUGUACAUAUCUGUAUUUUUGAUAAGCAAAUGUAAAUAAAAUCAUUGCAGAGAAAAAUGUGAGUAGCAAAUGACAACUAUCUUAAAUGAUAAAAAAGAAUAAAAAUAAUGACUGUAUUCUGUGAAUACAAUUUUCAGCAACUUUAUUCACAUAUCAAUCACUACCACUUUAAAUAAUUAAAGCCUCUAACAUGAAUUUAACACUUGGAUUAAUGGAAAUCCUAAUAAUAAAAACCAUGAAAUUAAAUAAUAUCUGGUUUUCUUUGACAAUGUCAUUCCAAGCAAGCUAAUUUUAAAAUGCAAUCUGUGAAAAGAGGCUAAUUGACAAAUACUACAAUAUUUAUAAACCAGGUUUUCUGAUCUGGCUUCCCCCUCUUAAGAAUUCUGAGAAGUGUAGCUAUGUGGAAGUUUUUUGGUAUAUCAACAAUUGUAUCACUUUUUUCACUUGUCACUUAAAACCAUUUUAAAGUUCCCUAAAGUUUAUUUCCAUUCUCAUUUCUUCAUUCAGUUUCUUUCCUUGUCAUCAUCCACUUGUUUACAUACUACAGUUCUCUGAGGAAAUCUUUGUGUUAGUUUUCAGAUUUCUGUUGGAUUGUCUUUUCUGCAUUUGCUGUAGAAUGAUGCUAAUAAUAAUAUUAUUUUUGAAUAGUUGUAAACAAGGAAUUGCACUGAACAUGCAGACUGCAUAGAAACUACAGAAGUAGAAACAUUAAAGAAAAUCUGGAUUUUUAAUCUUACCCAGUCAUAUUAUAGCACAAACUACAGUGCAUAUAAUAAGUCUUUGCAAAGCUAGUAUAAUCCAUAGUAUUCCAGCCACAGUCAUGCCUAUUGCAAUACGUUUAUAAUGGCAAAUUUUAUUUGCAUUAAGAGAAUAAAUUUAUUAAGUUAUUACAAACUCAGGAAAAAUAAUUUAUUUGUUUUUAAAUUACAAAAUAAAAUCCCAUUUAUAUCAGGA